AUGACCCAACCACGAAACGGUGCCGGGCUUGGGCGUCUCCCGUUAUUUGGCGCCCAUAAAAUGGAUGAUGGAAAAACACAAAAAGGAACGCGCAUAGGGCCGCUGCCUGGGGGUCGCCGGGGCGCGUCUGGAGCUGGCGCUGAACGCGGCAGCAUGCGGGCCGCCAGCCGAGUGCGAGGAGCUGCACGAUCACCUAGCAGCCCCUCGCAUCCAUCAUCCCCACCAGAAGGCUUGGUGUCGGCUGGGUCUUCCCGGACCCAGCAAGCGGCACCCGCUGCUGGUGGAGCACGUCGUAUGCGUUGGACAAAAUCCAUGAACGAAAACGCAUUGCGGGCGUACUAUAGGGCGAAAGGGGAAGAAACUGUGGGAAUAGCGUAUAGGUCUCGGAGGCAUUGCUUUUUUGCUGAGCUGGAGCCGUCUAUCCCCGUCACGGAACAAAACCUGGCAGACCGAGUUCGGUACAUCAUGCGCUCGAAAAUAUUUGAUGAUGCCGAACUCGAACGACUACGACGUGAGGCUAUUCUGACGUCGAAUGAAUCGGCUAUGGCUGGAGAUGCAGCUCCACAUUCGACAGACCAGCAUCCACACGUGGAAGCCGCCAUGGAUCUUCCAGUUGUGGUUGAUUUGAACGACGAUGAAAUAGUCUCCCACGAACUAGAGCAAAUGAGGAUUAUAUUGGAAGAGGCGAUUUUGGAAACGCGCAGCACCCCUCUCGAAAAUCGACCGCAACUUCCCCGCAUACCCUUAAGCAAGCGAAAUCGGGCUGUCGCGAGGGCUCUUAACCCAAUGCUGGUGACCUAUUUGGAAGCCAGCCGGGACCUUUGCGAGACGGACUCGAUUCUCUUUGGCGCCGCAGUGGCAGUUUGCCGUAUUAUUGGCGCCAAACUUCCCACGGCUGGACGCGCUACUACACAAACUAACGCCAUCCCAGCCUGGAGGAAAAGAAUCGAGGACCGUAUCGCAAAGGCAAGGGCCCUUAUCGGCAGACUGACAAGCUUCAGGUCGGGUAAUAAUAGACCGAGGAUUAUGCGCACCGUUAGGAUGGCGUUUGCUGGGACAAAUAUCAGUUUGUCCCAGCCGGAUAUCACGCAGAAACUAACGGAGCGCAUAGACGACCUGAAGCAAAAGAUCGCUGCUUGGGGGAAGCGGAUUCGACGAUUUUCCGAGGGGUCAAGGCGGUUCAACCAGAAUCGUCUCUUCCAGAGUGAUCAGAAGAGGCUCUAUAAAUUAUUGGAGCGACCAAAGGUAUGUGGAGCGGGCCAAGGACUGGAUCAGGCUGACAUUAUCGCAUUCUGGCGUGGCCUGUGGUCAGAGCCCGUAAACCACAGUGAGGGCCCUUGGAUGGAAGUUGUGGCGAGCCAGGGUGCGAGUGUUACGCCUAUGGACCGCAUCACCAUAACGCCAGAAGACGUGGCUGAGGUGGUCCGUAGGGUCCCGAACUGGAAAAGUCCGGGGCUCGACGGGCUGCAUCAUUACUGGCUGAAGGGACGAAUUGAGUCAUCUAGAGGUUUCGACCUUAAGAGAGGUGGAAAGAUCGACGCGAUGACAGAAAAUGACACCUAUAAAUAUCUGGGCAUCACCCAAUCACUUCGAAUCAAUCACGGUGAAAUUAGGUCGAAGAAGUACAGCACUGAAAAGUUGACUAAGUACCAGCGGUUAGCUGAAGAAAUCCGACAGUUAAGGCGACAGCAGCAGGUGCUUAUCGUCCCGCUGAUUCUCUCUACCACGGGAGUUGUUCCUAAAUCCCUUACUGACAAUUUAGCUAAGCUGGGCAUUUCAGUGAGGAAAAAACAUGUGUGGACAAGUGAUAAAAUUGUAAAGUCUCCGUUCCAAGACGUCAUAAUUCCAAACCUAACAGUUGCGGAAUACGUAUGGAGAAACUUAGAUAAGUGGCCAACAAAAACUGCCAUGAUAUGCAGUGUUACGAAUAGGCAGUACACCUAUGAAGAAAUAUAUAAACAAUCUCAUAUUCUUGGCGCAAACUUAAGAAAGAAGCUUAAAAUCGAUAAUGGAGAUGCUGUAGCAAUUAUGUUACCCAAUUUGCCUGAAUACCUAACGGCAGUUUUUGGAGUACUUAACGCUGGAGGUUUAGCUACAACUCUGAAUCCAAAUUAUAGUGCUCAUGAAGUUCAUAGACAAGUUUUAAUGUCGAACACAAAGUUAAUUUUUGUCACACCUGAAGUGGUUCCAACAGUUAAAAAAGCAUUAGAUUUAUGUAAAAGAAAUAUUCCGAUUGUCGAAGUUAAUUUUAAUGGUAAUCUACAAGAAGGAACAAUAUCUUUUAAGGAACUAGUAGAGGAUAACUAUGUUGAUCUCAACAUUCUAAAGGAAGUUAAAAGAAGUGCUGAAGAUGUUGCGUUUUUACCUUACUCCAGUGGUACGACGGGCUUACCUAAGGGCGUAGAACUGACAAACAGAAAUAUUAUUGCCAACGCGGAGCAACAGAAUAAUGAAUUAAGAUUUUAUGCAUACACUACAGAUUCGCAUCAAGAUAACUUAUUGGUUUGCUUGCCAAUGUUCCAUUCAUAUGGCUUAUCAAUUCUGGCACUACAUAAAUUCUCCGUUGGUUUAAAAUUGGUAACACUGCCAAAGUUCCACCCAGAAACGUUUGUACAAGCGCUGUCGAAGUUUAAUUUUAAUUUACUUUACUUGGCACCACCAAUAGUUAUAUUCCUCGGUACACAUUCUCAAGUGGUUUCCAAAUACUUUGAACAUUUAAGAUGUGUUACAUGUGGAGCUGCUCCGUUACCUAUGGCUGAUAUUCGAAAGUUCUUAAAUAAAGUUCCCGAAAACGUUCACUUUAGCCAGGCUUAUGGUUUAACAGAAACGGGUCCGCUUGCAACUGCCUGUCCUAUUGGUUACAAAAAUUACAAAAAAGUUGGUUUUGCAUUGCCAAAUAUUGAACUAAGGGUCAUUGACGGAAAUUUAAAUAAUCUUGGUCCCAAUGAGGUGGGCGAACUUCUAAUAAAAGGACCAAAUGUAAUGAAAGGUUAUAAAGAUAAUCCAGAAGCCAAUAAACAAGUAUUCGUAGACGAUGUCUGGCUAAAGACUGGCGACUUAGCUGAGAUCGAUGAAUUCGGUGCCGUUACUAUUGCAGACCGACUUAAAGAAUUGAUAAAGGUAAAUGCUUUCCAAGUACCUCCAGCAGAAUUAGAAAGUGUCUGUAAAGAACAUCCUGCAGUGCACGAUGUUGCUGUUGUGGGUGUUCCUGAUGCCAAAACUGGUGAAAAACCUAAAGCAUUUAUAGUAUUGAAAGGAAACAUUAACGUUAGUGAUACGGAAAUCCUGGAUUUUGUAGCUGAAAGAGUGGCUCCAUAUAAAAGAAUAAAAGAAAUAUCAUUCAUAGAGGAUAUACCAAAGAAUCCGUCUGGAAAAAUUUUGAGAAGAGUAUUACUUGAAAAAUAUUGUUAA